AUGGGUGAAUCAGGGUCUCGCCGUUCCACGCUCGUGUCCCGCCUGCCGAUCUUCCGCCGCAGCAACAGUAAGAGGCAGGAGUCUCUCCCCUCCUCUCCGUCUUCAGGUGGACAGGGCAAUGGCGUCCACACCUCUUCGCCCUCCAGCACCAACUCCAGUUCCGGCAGUACCGGGAAACGCCGGAGCCUUUUCCGAGCUCCAUCUCUCAGUUUCUCAUCUAAACGGAAUAGUGAACCACGUGUCCAGCCCAUCAACCUAAACCUCACCCCCCCGCUGACACAGAGCACUGAUGCAAACGGAAAUAACCAGCAGACGAUAACAUCGUCGACAGGGUUCAGUGAAGGUGGCGGACGCCCCAAGUCCCGCCACUCAUUUGGGUUUGGCAGCCACAAGCAAAAGAAGAUCACACGCUCUCAGACCGAGGACUUUGAAAAAGUGUCCUCUUCGUCCUCCACAGCCAAUCGAAAUGUGUUUAUAAACUGUAUAAGCGGCUCAGGGGCCAACGAGGGCGACGAUUCUGGGUUCCUCGAUGACUACAGUGGUGGGGGGAGUAAUAACACUAAACGGUCGUCAAAGAAGAAACAGCUGCUGCCCAAAUCUUUCUCAGCUCACCACCGCUUCUCCCGGACCUCUGAUCACCACAGACCUCCAGAAGUGAAUCUGGAACCCCCCAGCUCCACCAAUGUUGCUCCAGCGGCAGGAGGGCUCACCCCGGGGUCCUGGUCAGGAGAGCUGCCUGGCGCCGGAGGUGAAAGCUCACUCCAGUCCCCGAUGAUAUCAGAGGACCGAACCACAGCCAUCACCCCUUCAGAGUUCAUCCCUAUCACAGAGGAUUCUGCAUCCGAGGUGGAUGCCCUGCCAGCUCCCAGCCCCGGAUCUGGUUUAGCCCCAGUAUCAGCCUCUGUGCCUGGGCCGGCCAUUGACACAGCUCCACCUGAACCCCCACCGGCUCCAGAGAACUUCAGCGGGGCUGUCUCUACCUCCCAGGUUUUCUUCACUCCAGCCCAGUCCAGCGCUGAAAAACCUUUACUCCCCGACACCAGCACAACGAACAACACAGACUACGAGACUGCCAUUUCCCUCUCAGAGCCUGAGACAGCUGUACCCUGCCUACCUCUGCGGGAACAAUCACUGGAAGAGAGGAAGGAAAGAGAGGAAGAGAGAAAGGAAGCCAGGGAUGAGGUGUCAACAAAGGAGAGGAUUGAGCUGGUGGCGGAGAAGAAAGCCGUUGACCACACAGAGACCACGAGUGAGAGCGAGGCAUGCGUGGUACGCAGCGAGGGCUGUCACUCUAAUCCAGAGCAAUCGGAAAGAAGGGCGAGAAACGUUCGCUCUAUUCAAGAAAGAGGAAGUUUCUGUGGCUGCCACGAACCAAGGUCUUCUCAUUUGAGGAAACCACAUGCAGCCUCUUUGUGUAGCAGUGUCAGCCCCUACCAUGAGGUGAUGCGGAUGGAAAGGCGUCUUCGCUCCUCGUCUGAGGGGGCUGGUGGGCCUCGUAUCCAUGGAAACCACAGAGAUGCCCCGGGCAUGGAGGGAUGUGGUCUGCUCAAACACAGAAACAACUCCUCGUCAUCCAAACUGGGAAGUCUGGAUGUUUUAAACUACCUGGGCUCAUCAGAGCUGGAUGAAGAUGAUCUCAUGUUAGACCUGGACCUUUCUGACGAUCAGCGACAUCGACAUGUGUCCAGAGAAGACUCAAGCCAGUCCCUUGCCUCAUGUCUCAACCUGCUCCCCUCCCCCAUGGACCCAUCAGGAGAUCGCAUCCCAGGGAGAGAAAACAAUCAGAGGGAGCCCUGCCGUCCCACCAGCCUGCUGCCUGCUGACUGGAGCUCGGGGCUGGGUUUGGGGAGGGAAGAUGAGUCCUUACCUCCGGGGCUGGAGACCCUUCCACUCCGACUGAUGCAGCAGGACUGCACUGCUGUCAAAACCCUGCUUUUAAGACUGAGACGGACACUGCAGGAGAGCACAGAGACAAGUCCUGCAAGCAGCCUUCAGUCUCUACCCAUCAGCCCCUGCAGUGAAAAAUCCCUUCCAUUUAAGGAUCCCGGCAGAGAGGAGGCCUUGCUGCAACAGCUGAGAGAGAAAGACGAACUGAUUCUCCGACUCCACAAUGAACUGGAGAGUGCCAAAGCUGCCCAGAAGAUGAAAGACUGCCAAAUGACUGACCGUGCAACACAGACAGAACACAUGGGGCCAGAGACCAGUCAUCCAGGCCGGUGGUCAGGACUAGGCAGCAGCAGCAGCAGCCUGGCUUCAAGGGACCGAAGGGUAAUGCGGGGAGUGGGGGCAGCACUCGGAGGGGACCUCUGUAACCAGCAUCUCCCCCACCACUAUCCCCCUCUGCACGGCCGCCCUCCUGUCUCUGAACGACACACUGCCAGGGAGGAGCGCCACUGCCAGGGUGUCUUGGCCCCUUCCACAGCCCGUAACGCUGCUCCCAAUCCAUCUCCAGUCUCCUCCACCUCGUCCUGUGCCACUUCUGCAGCGUCAGCCCAAGCCUCACUUACUACUCCAGCCCAGCUUCAAGUUUCACACCCGGGCCAUAGUUCAAAUCAAUGCCCAGGCUCCGGAUCAGUGGCUGCUAAUCACACCGCAAUUCCAUCUCUGUUCCCCAGGCAGCCGGAGGGCGUUUCCUCCUCUUCUGAGUCCUUAACUCCAGGAGGAGGUGGAGGUGGAGUGAGCCUGUCGGGUGGGGCAAGGAGAGGAGGAGGAGGAGGAGAGCAACAUCCUCCUAGCCAUAUCCCUCGUGCGGUCGGGGCCAGCGUCUCAUCGAGCCUUCACAGUCUUGCAAGCAGAGGUAGCGCCUCCCCGAGCAUCUCAUCGCCAAUCCGAGCCUCCCCUCCACCUCCUACUCCUUCCCCAGCGUCCUCAUCCUCCUCCUCUUCUUCCUCCACAUUUACUGGGCGUUUAGGACAACCACCCCGAGGCCCUCUGUCUCUGCAUAGCUACAGUCGUAAAAAUGUCUUCCUGCAACAUUCCCUUCAGACUGCCGAACUGCAAGCGCUGACGCAGAGAGACAGUUGAGGGCACACAAACAUUUACCCCGUCCAUAUUGACUUGAGCGACAAAAUGUGCGACUUUAUAGAGAAACUGCUGCUCCGUCGGUACAAGUUGAUUGUGUUCCGCUGUCCCAAUUACCCCUGAAUCAUCCACCACACGCGCUUACAAUCAUGCUUGUCUCUCUUUACAAUCUAGACCAACGCUUUGCUCACAUUUUGUUCUUAGUUUUGCUCGUUUUAACACACUCACA